AGUUGGUGGAAAGAGAGAGAGAGAGUGGUGGGAAAUGCCGGGACGACGCGAGCCGCCGCUUUGGGACACCCAGCACUUGUUCGACCGCGGCGGCGGCGGCGGUGGCGGCAAUAAUAACAAUAAUAAUAACAACAACGCCGCCGCUGGCCCCAAGGUCCCCGCGUUGUUGGGCAAGUACCGCCGCGUGAGUGUACCCGCUUUGAUGGUCGGGGCCAAUGGUCCCGAGCACCACCACCGCAACCACAACCACCACUUGUCGUCGUCGGGCCAACAACAACAACAACAACAACACGUGCUUGGCAACACUGUCGCCAGUAUUUCCGAGUCCAGAGCGUUUCCUACGGGCAUGUUGAGCCACGCGUGGCAGCGUCCGUUGCCGCCACUGAGUCCGAUCGCCGCCGGCUUGGCGUCGUCGUCGUCGUCGGCUGUGGGGGCGGCGGGUUGCGGCGGCGACCCCGGGUCGUCGGCGACCAAUAAGUCGUCGACGGCGUCGUCGGCGCUGCGGAAAAUCAGCGCGACGACUCAGAGGAAGUUCAGCACUGUCACGGACGCCGUGUCGCGAAAGGUUUCCACAACUAUUUGGGGUUUGGCUGGUGGCUCUGGAAUAGUUGGCACUGGCUAUUAUGGCGGUGGGACGCCCAAUCUUAAGCACAUGGAAAUUGCCAGCCAAAGCAAAACCCUGGCCAGUCAGUACAUCAGAGCCAGACUGAAGCGCAGUGGGUUUUUCCACUUGCGCAAAUUAGUUGGACUCCAGAGACUGCGCAGUCUUGCCAACAUUCCUGGCGGGAUUGUUUCCACAACUAUUUGGGGUUUGGCUGGUGGCUCUGGAAUAGUUGGCACUGGCUAUUAUGGCGGUGGGACGCCCAAUCUUAAGCACAUGGAAAUUGCCAGCCAAAGCAAAACCCUGGCCAGUCAGUACAUCAGAGCCAGACUGAAGCGCAGUGGGUUUUUCCACUUGCGCAAAUUAGUUGGACUCCAGAGACUGCGCAGUCUUGCCAACAUUCCUGGCGGGAUUGUUUUCCAUGAACUUCUGGCUUUGGGACAAGAGCUGGAGCGGAUGCAUCCCAAGCUGUAUUCAUCUGUUUGUAGGCAGCUGUCCAUCACUGUCACGUCGGAUAAGGUGCUGAGAAGUGUGUUGAUCGCGAUCGCGGCCGAGUUGUUCAAGGCGGACAUCACUUGGAGUCGGAUUGUUUCACUGUAUGCGGUUACUGGUGGGCUUGCUGUGGAUUGUGUGAAACAGGGACAUCCUGAGUUUUUACCAGCUCUGGUUGAGGCUGUUGGGGACAUAAUGGAGCAAGAUCUGGCUGCUUGGAUUGUUUCUCAGGGAGGAUGGGCUGGCCUGCUGAUCCUUUACAAAGACCCCGAAAACGAACCUUCCAUGGUGCACAGCUUGGUUGUAUUGAUCAUGAUCAUUAGCCGAGAACAUGCUUACAUGCCGAGUCAUUGGGCGAGUUCUGACCUGGAUCCAAAUGAAGUCAUCACCAGACACAUUAAUCAUGCUGUCAAAUAUUCGGAAGAAGCCAGAAAAUCCGUUCCAUGUCGCUUGGAUUUAUCUUAUGGUUCCGAGCCGAGACAGAAAAUUGACAUUUAUGGAGAAGACGGGCUCGCAUCCGAUGCUCCGGUUGUCCUGUUUAUUCACGGCGGAUAUUGGCAGGAACUGAACAAAGAAUUGAGUGCUUAUUUUGCUAAAUCGUUUUUCGAGGGAGGGAUUAUUACAAUUGUGGCGGAUUACACACUUGCUCCGGAAGGCAAGUUUAAUUUUGAACUAUUGUGGCCUUUUUUCUACUUUUUUUCAUUCAUUUUUUUUUUUUUUCCAGCUGAUAUGGACCAAAUUGUUGGAGAAAUGACGAAGUUGGAGAAAUUCGUGGAUGAAUGGGCGAGAAAAAGAGAAUCUAGGUCUUUGACAAUUGUGGGCCAUUCUGCUGGUGCUCACUUGGCAGCCAUGAUGAUUGCCAACAGUGAACAUCUCCAUUCUCUGGGAAUUUUAAAAGGCGCAUUUUUGAUAUCUGGAUUGUUCGAUCUUUUACCCGUUCUGGAAACAUCGGCUAACGAACCUUUGCAGAUGGACAAAGAAAAAGCGAAGAAAAACAGCCCAAUUAAUCGGCUGGACCAGCUGGAAAAAUGGACAGACAUUGAUUUUCGAAUCGUUUUGGCUGAACGUGAUCCUCCUGCAUUUUCUGCGGAACAAAGUUUGCCAUUUCACGAGGGGCUUCGAAAUCUUGGAUUGAAAGCGGAUUUUCAAAUAAUUCCCGAGACGAAUCAUUUUACGAUUGUGGAAAAUCUCUCUUCGUUGGAUGACGUCCUGACUCGUGAGAUCAUCGCUGUUGCUUUUGGCAACUGAUUCUAUGUACGAAGUGCUGGGUGAUUUUAUUGCGUUUUUAAUUGGCUGAAGUUAAUUAUCUUGAUCCGAGUAAUUGGUGAUUGGCAUUUAAAAAAUUUUGAGUCCUUCCGGUUCGCGGCAAUGACGUAAGAAUUUUUUUUUUAAUCAAAAAAGCUUGUAUUCUUUGGUGUUUGAUUCCAAGUUGAAUUCGUGUGAAGUUUUUCAGAGCGUUUAACAGUUUUGGUGGUCUUUUGAUAAAAUCUGAUUCAAGGUGGCUUUCGCAAUUAAAAAUCUGAUUGAAUCUCUGCGGGUUUUCGGCAUUUGGGUGAAAAUAUUGUGCAUCAAAAUGCUUGUGUUCCUCGAUCUUUUGAUUCGAAUUCAGAAGUGUUUUCGAAGU